GAUUAAUAAUUUUGCUCUUUGAUUCUUAUUUUAAAUGGAGUGCCUAGGUAUCCUCUACUGGUACCAUCCUGCAUGAGCGGUUCGUACCCAACUAACAGAGGUGUUCCAUAAACGACCACAGGAAUGAACCCAUCAAUGUUAAUGGCUGUUUGCUUCUUUGUGUGCGAGGAUCAAAGUUCAUUCAUUUUUGGAUUUAAUUUCCCCUUAACAAAAGAGAAACGCCCCUCAGAUGCAGCUCAUUCAAAAAUUUCUUAACUUCUUUUCACGGGCUAACACGAAGUUAAUACCAUUUACAGCUACGUCUUCUGCAAUUUUCAUUCCUGCCAUGUUUGUAAUGCCGCAUUUCCAGAAAGACAUUCUAUUUUCGUUCUUCAAGACGGUCUAUGUGCUCUCGUUUUCGCCGUUCAGGAUCGGUGACAAGAUACGGGUGAACAACAAAGAAGGCGUUGUGGAGAACAUCGAUAUGCAGUUUGUGGUGCUGAAAAACAAGAAGUGCAAAAUUUUCAUUCCUACCAGCACUGUUUACAACAGUGUGCUAGAAAUUGUAGAGGAUUAA